CGCUCACUCACCCACCCACCUCUGCUCCGCGUCCUCUUUCCCAAGCUAGCUUGACCGCCUACCUUAUUACAGUACGUAGACCCUCUCACCUUUACCUCCUGGCCUUGAGUGUGCUAUGCACGGGCGUCCAGUGUCCUGCAUCUGCUCAAACUGCGCAAGGGACAGCCUUGGUGCAAUCAAGCGCGCGCAUGCGAGCCUAAGGUUCUUGCCUCGGUUGGUAUCUGUGCCCGUCGCAUCCUAGGAAGCCAUUCCAGCACUGGGGCAAGAUCGUCCUAGCCCGCCACUACAUUGAUUUCCGCCCGUCCGCCUCCUACGACGCUCCCAGCAGCCCAUGUCCUGCUCUAUCCCUGCCGGCCCUGCUUGCAAACUCGCAUCCUGAGCGCGCGAGCCGAAUGUGCACUGAUGCGUUUCACGUGCUCCUCUAGCCGAUCACCCCCGCCGAUCCCCCAGCCUAUGGCCGGCACUCCAAUGCGCUGACUCCGCCAUUCUAUCUCUCAUCGUGGCUAGAUCGGCGCCUCGCUUCCACAUUGCGCCCUCGUGCCGCGGCCAUGGCUGCCAGCUGGCGUCCACGUCAUCAUAUAUUCAGACCCUGACGACGCCUGCUGCAUCCAUCUGCCUAGUCCCGUUUCUAGGUUUCUUCAAGCCUCCUCGUUUUUCUUCCGCGUUUCUUGACGGCGUGCGGCACGACGCGGACGACGACCAAUGUCGAAUGCGGGCGAGCGGGUGAUGAAAGAGGGAUCGGCUCGUAGAGCGGGGGAGCGCAGGGGGAGUAGAAGCAUGGGCGGGGGCUCGGAGAACAGCAGAGGCUCGGCGAGCGCCGGUGCCAACGGGGUUAUCGACGCGCGCUCCAAGGCCUCCGAGAAAGGCAAAGGCGCCAGCGAAACGGCCGAGGAAACGUCGAGCGAAAUCGAGAGCGACGUGACCGUCGAGAUGGACAGCACCGGCACCAGCAGCAGCAGCGGCAGCUACAGCGGCAGUAUCAAGGCGGACAAGGCGGCGACGAGCCAAGGGGGGAGGCAGUCGGGUGCAGGCCCCGCCGUCCACCCGAACCGGGAGCUCCCCAUGCCCACGCUCAACCGCGCCCGCUUCGGCCUCCCCGCCAUCUGCCUCGACCUCGCCGUGCUCCCCAGCGGCUCCGCCGGCAGCCCGAGCGGCGGAAGCAAGGCGGCGCAGGCGCGCGCGGGCGCGGACGGGCGGUGGGCGCGGAGCGCCAGCAGCGGAAGCGCCGGGAGCAGCGCGGAGGAGGAGACGGGGGAAAUCGUGGGGACGGAGGAGGAGCCGAUGGACGUGCGCGCGCGCAAGCAGAAGUUUUUGUUCUUCGAGAAGGAGUGCUCGCAGAUCAUGGCGCACGUGUUCGUGGGCAGCGACGCCGUGGCGCGCGACAGGGACAUCCUGCGCAAGUCCGGCAUCACGCACGUGCUCAACUGCGUGGGGUUCGUGUGCCCCGAGUACUUCCCCGGCGAUAUCAUCUACAAGACGCUCUGGCUGCAGGACAACACGUCGGAGGACAUCGGGUGCGUGCUGUAUGACGUGUUCGACUUCAUCGAGGCGGUGCGCGAGGCGGCGGGGCGCGUGUUCGUGCACUGCUGCCAGGGCGUCUCGCGCUCCACCUCGCUCGUCAUCGCUUACCUCAUGUGGACCGAGAAGCGCGGCUUCGAGGACGCGUUUCGGUUCGUGAAGGCGAUCCGCGGCGUGGCGAGCCCCAACAUGGGCUUCGCGUGCCAGCUGCUGCAGUGGCAGGAGCGCGUGCUGCCGCCCUCCGCUCUCCCGCCCGCGCACCCCGCGCUGCUGGACGACACGGGCACCGCGGAAGACGGGCGCUGCAGCAGACAGGAUGGGGACGGCCCUCGGGAGAGAGAGGAGAGGGAGGAGCGGGAGAGGGAGAGGGAGAGGGAGAUGGAGCGGGUGGUGCGGGUGUAUCGCAUGGCGCCGCAUUCGCCGUACGAUGCCGUGCACCUGGUGCCCAAGAUGGUGCUGGAAGUGGGGCCUCGCUGCCUCGACCCCCGAGGAGCCUUCGUCAUCCAGGUGGGUCGCAGCGUGUACACGUGGAGGGGCAGCCAGUGCCACGCGCUGAUGGCGGAGCAGGCAGAGCGGGCAGCGCGGCAGCUCGUCACGUACGAGGGCCUCUCGCUCUCCCCCGACUGCCCCUCCCCGGUGCUCCAAGGCGCAGAGCCCGCGCCCCUGCUCUCCGCCCUCCGCUCGUACGCCUCGCAAUCUGAUAGGCGGGCCAGCGGGGGGGGCAGUGGCGACGGCGGCGGCAGCAGCAGUGGUGACUGGGCGGCGGUGAUAGAGAGAGAGGGGCUGACAUAUCUUGGGCAGGACGCGCAUAAGAUUGCGGGCGCGGGGAGCAAGUCCCUUGCCACGGACUCCAACAUCCCCAAGCUGGCCUCCAUCCCUGGCAGUCAGAGCGCCAGGAACAGCAGCAGCAGCAGCAGCAGCAGUAGCAGUAGCUGUAAUAGUGGCAGUGGCAGUGGUAGCAGCAGUAGCGGUAACGGAAGCAGCAGCAGUGCUGGUAGUAGAGACAGCAGUAGCUCGCAUACUGAAGGCAACGCAUGCAGGGACGGCACCAGCACCAGCACCAGCAGCAGCGGCGAGAGUGGUCCCAUGGGAGAGGUGGCAGAGCAGCAGAGCGAGUACGACUUCGACUACGAGUGUUUCCUCAACGCCGUGGACGGAGGCACGCCCAAGCCCAUCCCGGGCCUGGGGUCCCCCAGCUCCAAGGUGCUGCCGCACCACGGCAGGGGCUGGCUGGGCGCCACUCUAGACGACUGCUGGGCGUCGCUCGCUGCAGGGGGAGGGGGUGGGGAUGUGGACGAUAAUAGUGACGGUGCAGGGGAAUGCAGUGAGCGAGCGUCCUUUCGCCUGCACAGCCGGUCAUUUUCCGUGGGUCAAGCCACGCUGCCCUCACUAUUCCCAGUUCCGCCCUCCGCCUCCUCCUCCGCGUCUGGUCCGUCUAAGCCGGGCGCGCUGUCCUUAGGAGCGGACUCCGGGGGGAAAGCUGGCUUGGGCAAGCCCCGCUUCGCCCCUGUGCUGCGCAAGCCGCUGCCGUCCCUGCCGUCGCCCUCGUCCUUCUCUCCGCGCUCCCUGGGCUUCUUCCCGCCCUCGGGCGUGGGCGCGUACGGCGCGGCGCUGCAGAAAUACAGCCCGGAGAAGAAAGGCGAGGGUGGCAUUCCGGGUGCAGCAAGCACAGCAGGCGCAGCGGGUGCAGCGGCAGGCAGUGGCAUGUCUACCAGUAACAGUGGCAGCGGUAGCAGCAGCAGCGGCAGUGGCAGCAGUAGCGGUAUUCAAACGAAGGCUCAGCGGGGUAGCAGGCUGCAGGUGUCCACAGGGGGCCUCGCGGGCUUGCAGGGGAUGGGCGGGACGAGUGGGGCGGGUGAUCAGCAGCUGGUAGGAAGGAUUGUUGUGGAUGACAUGAAAGCCGUGCGAGAGGAGGAGGAGGCGGAGGUGGAGGAAGGGGAGGAGGGUGCAGGGGGUGCGUACGGCGUUCAGAGGGUGUCAGUGCGAGGUGGGGAAGCAGGCAGCAGGAGGGAUACGCAUGACGCAGAGGGCGUGGGGCAGGGAGCAACAGCGCAGGAGGAGAGGAGAGUGAGAGAGCCGCGGACCCGUGUAAGUCGAGGGAAGACGAGCAGUGGAGCAGCAGCAGCAGGUAGAGGAGAGGUGUCAGGGACCAGGGAGCGAGCAGCGUCUGCUAGAGAUGGCACAAGGGCCUCCCGGGAGCGAGACCCUGCUGCAGCCUCUUCUCUUGCUGCUGCACCUUCCGCUCGUCCGCUCCCUCCCAAGCCUUCCCUGCCCUCUGGCGGGGCCCCAGCAGCAAAUCCUGGCCCCCUUACCUCCUCCUCUGCAGCCCCCCGCUCCACCCUCCCCCCCAAAGGCCGUUCCGCCUCCCCUUUGCGCCGCCCCCGGCCCCAGCAAGCCAGUAGUGGUGCUGUUCCCAGGGGGGGAGGCAGGGGCGGUGGUGUGGGUGGGAUGGCUGAUGGGUUGAUGGAUGGGGGAGGGGGGGCAGGAGAUGAGGAGGAAGAGGAUGGCAGUGCGGAAGGGGGGGGAGGGGAUCUAUAUGGGGUGCUGCUGACGCCUAGAAGGCAGCCGCCUGUGUCAGCCUUUGGGAGGGAGAGGGGGACGCGGAAGGGGAGAGAGGGAGGGGAGGGCGGUGUUAGGAGAGGGCGAGUGGGGGCGGAGGACAAGUGGGGGGGCGAUGGGGAGGGGAAGGAAGGAGGUGAGAUGAGCUUUGGGGGGAUUGAUGGCGGGUUUGGUGUGACUGGGAUGGAUGAUGAGGGGGGGAUGGGGGGGAUGGGGAGUGACGAUGAGAGUGGCGGUGGGAUGGCGUUCAACCUGCCCACACCUAGGAGGGGUGGGCCACAGAUUAAGAAGAUAUUCUAGUGUAAGAGAGUAUGGGGACACGGAGGAACAAGACGAGCCAGAAGCAGUCGCAGCAGAAGCAGCAGCAGACGCCGGGACAUGGCAGUGGGGGUUAGGAUGAGCAUGUACGCUACAAAAUACCGCUCGUAGAUUUGCAUGGGCUAGGAUGGGUGUGGGUGAUUUGUAGGAGUGAUGCUGUUGAGAGAGCAGCACGCGUGGCAGCAGGCUUACACAUGGGCGGACAGAUGCGAAGGAGGAAUGGGAUGCUGCUGGGAGUGAGAGGGUGGUGUGGUGUGGUGUGGAGCUCAAGGUGUGGGUGUAGUGGUGCACGGGUGCAGUGGUGUGGGGGACAGUUGCAGCGGCAGAGCAACGCCGCAACAGAGGAGAAGUGGAGAGAACGGUUUGGAUGGAUGCUAAGGAAAUUGGUUUGUGCAAUGCAUUGGCUGCCCGUGUAUGUGCAGCCCGGUGUGGUGUAGACCUGCUUACGUCGCUAGGUAUUUAUGUGGAAUGCUUGUCGUACUACCGUAGUUGGUUUUUUUAAUCAAAGUCGGUCUUUUCU